GUCAGGACUGCCGCGCGACUCGGCUCUCGCUUCCCCUAUCGAUAGCGAGCGGCCCGCCCGUGCAGACGCAGAGACACGAAUGCCUCCUCGAGCGGGAGCCAUGGCGGCGGCGGCGGCGAGGGCAAGGGCGGCGCUGCUGCCCUCCUCCCCCUCCCCAUCGCCGCUGUUCCGCCUCCCGCGCCGCUUCCUUUCACUCACCGCGACUCGCUACCCUCUCUACUACGACCUCAUCGUGCAUCGCCCCGCGGACCCCAAUCCCCCCAAAUCCUCCGCCGCCGGGGCCGACCGGCAGCCGCAGCCAGCCCCCGAAGAGCAGACGCUCGACCGCGCAAAGCGCCGGUACCUCCGCAAGCGCCGCAGCCGCCUACUCCCCGACCCUGACGCCACCACCACCACUAAGCCCUCCUCCUUGUCGUCGGAGUUCGUCGAGCUCAGGCCGGAGGUGGUGGACUUCCCGCGCCUGCACGCGCGCGAGGAGGCGCUCUACUUCCACGACACCUUCGCAAUGCCGUGGGAGAAGGACAAGCACUACCGCAUGCUCUACCGCCUCGAGAAGAAGUACUUCCCCCACCAGUCGCUCGACAACGCGUUCGUCUCCGCCGACGCCGCCCCGGCCUCCGACGCCGACAGGGGGCUCGUAUUCUUUGACGACGAGAAGAAGGAAAACGAGGGAGAGGAGCGGGCGGUCAGUGACAAGGGCGCCAACAAAGGGGAGGUGCUGGAGAGGAAGGUGGAGGAUUUCUUCAGGUCUCUCAAGAAGGGUCCCGGCCAAGUCGACACCAAAGCCAAGAGACCGGGAACGGAGCCGCAGCAGCAGGUGAAGCGCGAAGUGCGGAGGGAGGAGGAGCGGCCGCAGCCGUACCUCGUCACUAGGACCACGGAGCUGCCGCCGAGGUGGGACGGCCCUGCUGGGACCGUCGUGCUCAUCGACAAGCCCAAAGGAUGGACUUCGUUUACUGUCUGUGGAAAGUUACGGCGCUUGGUGAAAGUACAAAAGGUUGGACAUGCUGGAACUCUGGACCCAAUGGCAACUGGAUUGUUGAUUGUUUGUGUAGGAAAAGCAACCAAAAUAGUUGACAGCUACCAAGGAAUGGUUAAGGGCUAUAGCGGUGUUUUCCGACUUGGAGAAGCCACAUCAACCUGGGAUGCAGAUUCACCAAUUAUCCAGAGGGAACCAUGGGAACACAUCAAAGAUGAAAAUAUUAGAAAGGCAGCAGCAUCAUUCAUGGGUGAGAUAUGGCAAGUUCCUCCAAUGUUUUCUGCCAUUAAGGUUGGCGGUGAAAAGAUGUAUGACAAAGCAAGGAAGGGUGAAACAGUAGAGCUUUCACCAAGACGUAUAUCGAUAUACCAAUUUGAUAUUGAGCGCAGUUUGGAAGACAGACAGAAUUUGAUAUUUCGAGUUACUUGCUCAAAAGGAACAUACAUUCGGUCCCUAUGUGCGGACUUGGGUAAAGCACUUGGAAGCUGUGCUCAUUUAACUGCCUUGCGGAGAGACUCGAUAGGUGAAUACUCGGUCAAUGAUGCUUGGAACUUCGAUGAGCUUGAAGAACAAAUCACCAAGGGGUAUUUAUGAGCAUGCCAGUGAGCCGAGCUAGGUUAUAUGCGGCUUGCAACCAGUGGCAUCCAUGCUGCCAUGUCAGUCCCAAAGCUGUCAACGUGGGCUUCAGCGAAGAGUUGCAAAUCCAGUUCAGUUCAUCCUCAACCUUUUGUCAUAUAGAGGAACACGAAGCUCCGUUAGUUGUAUGUGUGUUGUGGGUUUCAAUUGAUCUCAGUAUUGAAUCGAUUUUGGCAGUAUUGAUGUAUACCAUUGUUGGUCAGGUCUUUUGAUUGCCUUGCCAUGUAAUUUUGCUGGGAGCAUAUUAAAUUUAUAAUCUAAAGACUGUGUUAAAAGUAGCGAAAUUUAUAAUCUAAUGACGAACACAAGCUGGCGUUAAGUCCA